AUGGUUUGGCUCAAUUGGCAACAUCAGAAGGUUAAGCAUCUCUUGAAUCUUCCUGCCUUAUCUCUAAGACAACCCUUCCACAUCCUUACAAUCACCCUCCUCAGCCUCUUGCUCCCACUCUCAUUUCUCCUCCUAUCCAGGUUCUCAAAUGCUCACUGCUAUCUCCUAAGCCUUGACUCUUUUCCUUCCAGCUCACAGCUUUCUUCUUUUCUCUUAUCAUUCCUCCUAUACACCAACCCAAGUGUUCUCUAUCUUCUUGUUUCCAUUAUUAGCUCAACCACUCUUGUCCACAGCUUGACAGGAAAGGAUGUCGUUACCUUUGCAAGCGAGUCUCCAAAGCCCAUUUUACGACCCCGUUUGUACACUGCAUGGAUCUUUAUAUGCACGUUGCAAGUCUGCGUUAGUUUGGGCAUAGAAGGGAGCAUUGCAGCAGGAAUUGAUGGCGCCAGUAGUACUGUUGGUAUGGAGAGAAGCUUGUUGAGCAGAUUAAUUUUCUUCCUGGGAUUGCAUGAAACGAUGCUUCAUUGGUCUAGGGUAGUGGUGAGGCCUGUGGUGGAUGACACCAUUUUCGGGGUUGCUACCGAGGAAAGGUGGGCUGAAAGAGCGGCCAUGGCGGCGAGCUUUGGUACCCUAUGGUGGUGGAAGUUGAGGGAUGAGGUCAAGUCUCUGGUGGCAGUGGCCGAGUUCAAGCUGGGAACAGAGGUGUUGAUAUUGAGUACUAGAUCAGGGGUGGCUGACUUUGUUACAUGGUGGCUCUAUUACCUGACUGUAACAAUUGGGAUGAUCAAGAUUGUGAAGGGUUUUAUGUGGCUUGGCAUGCUUUUGCUAUGUAGAAGGGCGGUGAGGGGGAGCUCACCUGAUUCUAGUGGGGAUGAAGACAAAGUCUGA